AUGGCGGAGCAACCGCUGAAUAUUCCCGAAACCUUCGUCUACGACACUCUCAGUCCCCUGGCUCUAUCCUCCGCCGAUUCCCCACUCUCCGACCAACACGAACCAUACUUAGUUUUCCGUAACGAGAUUUCAGUCCACACCCCCCAAUGCGCCUGGCCAACCUCCACCACCGUCGAUUUCUUCUCUCUCGAUGUCGCCGCCGAGACCUCCGGUCGCGACUCCCUCCCCGAGCCGCUCGCCGCCGCGCAGGAGCCGAAGACGCCGACUCCCGCGCCCGAGCCGAAACUCGAGAGUGUCUGGUUCCGCGGGAAUUGCAAAUUUAGGAGUCCUAUGCUUCAGCUGCAUAAAGAGAUAGUUGAUUUUUGUGAGUUUUUGUCACCAACUGUUGAAGAGAAAGCUGCACGGGAUACGGCAAUAGAAACCGUGUUUGGAGUUAUAAAACAUAUAUGGCCUCAUUGCCAGGUGGAAGUGUUUGGGUCUUUCAGGACAGGGCUGUAUCUUCCGACCAGUGAUAUUGAUGUUGUGAUUCUGAAAUCAGGCUUGCCAAAUCCACAGAUUGGCCUGAAUGCAAUUUCUAAAGCCUUGUCGCAAAGGAGCCUGGCAAAAAAGAUUCAGAUCAUUGGAAAGGCUCGGGUACCAAUUAUUAAAUUUGUUGAGAAGAGGAGUGGUCUUGCAUUUGAUAUAAGUUUUGACAUAGACAAUGGACCCAAAGCAGCUGAGUAUAUUCAGGAAGCUGUGGUUAAGUGGCCACCUCUAAGGCCCUUGUGUUUGAUUUUGAAAGUAUUUUUGCAGCAAAGAGAACUAAACGAGGUAUAUUCUGGAGGGAUUGGUUCUUAUGCCCUUCUUGCCAUGCUGAUGGCAAUGUUGCGGAAUCUUCGACUGAGCCAAGUUUCUGCAGAACAUAAUCUGGGAGUCCUUUUGGUGCAUUUUUUUGAUUUCUAUGGACGCAAAUUGAACACUUCAGAUGUUGGCGUGUCUUGUAAUGGGGCAGGCACUUUUUUUGUGAAGAGUAGUAAAGGGUUUUUAAACAAAGGACGACCAAGUCUUAUUGCCAUUGAGGAUCCACAGGCACCAGAAAAUGACAUUGGGAAGAACUCCUUUAAUUAUUUCCAGAUCAGGUCAGCUUUUUCAAUGGCAUUCAAAAAUUUGACAAAUCCCAAGAUCAUCACGAGCUUAGGACCAAACAGGAGCAUUCUGGGAACUAUAAUUAGACCAGAUCCUGUUUUGUUGGAGCGGAAAGGGGGGUUGAACGGGGAUGUGACUUUUGAUAAGUUGCUUCCUGGUGCGGGCGAGCCAUUACAACAGUAUGGAGAGCAGGAUAUGUUAUGCAAUUGGCAGUUAGAUUAUGAAGAAGAAUCACUACCACGGGGAGUUGACUCUAGUGCAGAGCCUAACUUGCGUUCUUCGACAAGAAAGAGAAAAUCCGGUUCAAAGAAUUCCAGUAAGAAGCUAAAGGAUGAUAAAGGGAAUAUUCAGACGACAGGGAAUAAGGAGAAUGACUCUAGAAAAGAUAAGGAUAAAAAAAGGAAAAGAAAGAGAAAAUCACACCUAGGAGACAGCGGUCAUUAA